CCCCCCUUGGCAAUCGCAAGGCAAAUACAAUUGAACCUCUGGUUCCUGAUUCAUUUCCGUCGCCCAUCCAUGCUUCAGCCACCAUGUCCACCACCGACACCGAGACCACCACCACCACCACCACCACCAAACCAGGCUGGUACCAAACCAGCGUCACGGCCAUCGACCCCGCCGCGCAGUCGCUGUUGGAGGAGUACAGCGGACUCAAACCCGAAGAAGUCCUGCCCCAUGUCUUAGCCCUGAGAGACGAAGCCUUCGCUAUCUUCCCAUACCCCUGCAUCGGCCAAAUGCGCUUCCUCAGCUGCCACCUGGCGCGCCUCCCGUUCUACCCGCAAGUCCUCGCCCGCCUGCGCGCGUCUCCGGCCCACGGCUUCCUGGACGCCGGGUGCUGCGUCGGCCAGGAGCUGCGGCACCUGGUGCACUGCGCGGGGAUCCCGGCGUCCCAGCUGUACGGCUUCGAUCUCGAGCCGGGGUUCUUCGACUUGGGGUUCAAGCUCUUCCGCGACAACGCCCAGAAGUUUCCAGCGACGUUUGUGGGCGGGGAUUUCGGGGUCGAGGAUGAGGGGGAGUGGGCGCGGGGCGAGAUUGUGGGGACGGUCGGGGGGAAGGUGGAUGUUGUGUGGGCAGGCUCGUUGCUGCAUUUUUGGGAUUAUGAAGGCCAGGUCCGCGGUGUGGCUAGGCUGGUUGGGUUGACCGGGGGGGAGUUGGGGGCGAUUGUUUGUGGGAGGCAGAUGGGGAGUACGGUGGCGGGGGUGUAUGAGUUGACGGGGUUGAUGGACAAGACGCUGCAUUAUCGGCAUGAUGUGGGGAGUUUGUUGGGGUUGUGGCGCGAGGUUGAGAGUAGGACGGGGACGAAGUGGGAGGUGCAGGCGGAGUUGGAGGUGGGUGAGACUACGGCGAAGAUGCGGAAUAUGAGCUUUGUGGAUGAUAAUGCGCGUGUGGUUUGGUGGUGUGCUACUCGGGUGCAGUGAGUGGGUCUUUUGUGGGACCGGAGAUCGGGGAUGAGGAUGUGUGAUUAUGAGAUAUGAGUAUGAGUAUGAGCAUGUAUGUCCAGGAAGCUGAAGGAAAGGAGGGUCUGAGGUUUCUCCCCCAGAAUCCUGCUAUUUCAGAGACUUGGGUAGGGCAGGCGUUCUGGGGGAGUAUACAGACGACCAGCCCUGC